ACAGAAUCUAGACAAGAUCUAGUACUUCACGUUACAUAGGUUAUUCAACAGUGUAAGGUAAAGGAUGAAUCAGGAACCCAACAGCCUGUUCUUGUAUAGCACAAUAAUGGUAGUGGUUUUUCUUGUACAAGAUUCGACUCAACAAGACCAAGAUUGUGAGACUGGCUGGUUUGGUCCAGGCUGCCGUUUUAAAUGUCAUUGCAAGACCGCUUGUAAUGGCACAGGCAGUUGCGUUGAUGAACUUUGCGAAAUCGGAUAUUUUGGAUAUAGAUGCCAGUAUCGUGACCUGGCAACUCUGGCCACGCAAGAGGUUGAUGAGGUCACUGACGGCGACGACAACACGUGCAUGAGAUUUGAUGCCAACACGAAAGUGACAAUAGCAUUUACGGGGGGAACAUUCCGAUUCUUUAGAAUUAUUGUGAUAAAAGACUCCGGUGCUGGGGCCGUAGAGUUGAUCAGCUACCAGAUUAAGAUCAACGAUGCCAUUGUGGACUGCGACAUGGGAAGCUAUUACGUUAUCAGAGACCCACGUAUCAAGGACGUUUACUGCAAGAUAUCAGGGAACGCCACUGGCAUUGUACUUAGCGGGGUGUCCAUGCCACUUCUGUGCACAGUUAACAUCUGCGCAGGUCGCAAUCUAGCGUUGAAGCAAUCUGUAAGUUCUUCGUCUUUUGCCAGUGGCGUCAUGUCGGAAAUGGGCGGAGUCGAUGGAGAGAUUCCUAAAGCAUUCGACCCAAAUACUUGCUUUCUAGCAGGUGCGCCCGAUUCGGAAUCCAAAACGCAUUUCAGAAUUGUGUUUAACGUAUCAGUAUUGAUUGAUUGCUUUGUGCUGUACAACAGCCCAGAUUCGGUCGACUACAAAAAAAUGGUCAACUUUACUUUGUAUACUUAUGAUGACAAAAUGACUUCUCUAAUGACGUAUCAGGAGGGAAACAACCCUCCGGAAGGACUGGCUGUCUAUUAUAUAUAUAACAGCAGAAGAGAGCUUCCUUUGAAGCAAGCUAAACUUGAGAAAGUGUCGGACAAUAACAACGCUGUCCAGUUUUGUGAAAUAGAAGCGUACGGAGAUUGCGCAGUUGGGACCUACGGACUGGAUUGCACCAACAUGUGUGACACUUGCGCUAAAAAACUUUGUGACACAUUUACUGGUGAAUGCCACCUAUGUAAAGAGGGAUCUUGGGGUGACAAUUGCGAGAAAGUUUGUCCAGAUCAAUGUGCUAACAGUGUAUGCGAUAAAUAUACAUCAGAAUGCAGCCUCGGUUGUAAUGCUGGAUAUCAAGGAACACUCUGCAAAUUAGAAUGUCAGGUUGGGAACUUCGGUCCAGACUGUUCCUACAACUGCAGCGUAGCCUGUCCAAAAAACUGUACGAAAGAUGAUGGUCGAUGUCUGAGUAUGGAAUGUCCUAAAGGGGCAUAUGGACAUAACUGUGAAUACACAUGCAGUCAAACCUGUGCUGGGUCUGGCACCUGCGACAUUAUUGACGGGCGUUGUAUCGAAGGCUGCAAGACAGGAUUCUACGGAGUCGACUGCUUCUUAGCAUGCAGCCCUAACUGUAAAGAUAACGCCCAUUGUAACCAAGACACUGGUGCCUGUCCACGCGGCUGUAUGCCGGGAUAUUUCGGAGACAACUGUAAAGUGGGAAGUAUCGUGUGUCCAGAGAAUUGCGAUGACAAUAAAAGUUGCGACCUGGAGAAACAAAUUUGCACACAAGGUUGUGACCCUGGCUAUGGAGGGGAAACCUGUAACAGCUCGUGUUUUCAUUGUGUGGGCGGUUUAUGCAAUCAGUAUUCAUUGAACUGCACAAGUGGAUGUAAGGAAGGGGUUGUAACACAUGGUUGCUUUGUAGCUGCAUCAAAAGGUUCUGAGGAUGAUGAGGAAUCCAGCUAUUCUACUCUUUUCAUAGUGAUAGCAAUUUUCGGGCUCAUUCCCAUGGCUGCAAUUAUCGCCCAUCAGAUGAAGAAAAAAAAGCCUCCGUUAUCUGUAACGGAGUGA